UUUUGCUGUGAAAAACAUGCAUGUUUUAGUUUUGUUGAUUAUUGCUAACAAAUUAAAAAUACUCCAGAAAUAGACCCUGGGCUCUGUUGAAGGAUAAUACCUUUGCACGAAAACGCAGUAUGACUGUAUUUUAAAAGUCAUUAUUCGCCCCACUAAAGGUAGAUGUUGAAAUGUAGUGAAAUAAACAGACACCUCCAUGACAGGUGUAGUGAAGAACAUUUAUACAUAUGCAAACAUUUUGUCAGCCUCUAAUACUGAAUGUGUAAAGCAAUGGGAUCAGCAUUCAAUUAGAAAUGCACUAAGAUGGGCAAAAUAUUGUAUGAAGGUUGAAGAAGAAACAAGACAUAAAGUUUUCAGAGAUGAUUUAAACAAGCAAAUACAGUCAAUGACAAUCCUGUUGAAACCAGUGUCUCUCCUGAAUUUGUCCAUUGACAGACUUAAAGAUGCUUCAACAAUACUUUGUAAAAGUCUCUCACAGAAUCCAGAUACACCGGUAGAAGUGCUUAAAGAAUUACCAGAGACAGAUGAUUAUACUCUUCAGGAUGACAGGUUGACUAAAUCAAAGAGGUUAGCACCAGCGGACAGACUGUAUCAGUUUGUAUGUGAAGAUGUUGCCUUUAUGGAACACAGUCAGAAAUACCAGGCUGAGUUCAUCAUGCAUAGACUGGUCUGUCUACAGAAAAUAUCUAUAUCCAGUCAACAUAGGUAUGACUCAUUUUUGAGAAAAGUACUGUCAGAACUUUCAAAAUACACACAUGGCUGGACAGUGAUUUUGUACAUGUUUCUAACAGAUGUAACGAGUGAAGAAAACUAUGAUAUUAUUACUGGUAUCAAGUGUAAAAUGUUACAGAUAGUUAGUGAUAUGGCUAGUGGAAACUAUAGCUGUGGCAUAUGGAAAUGUGAAUAUUCAUUGUUGUGUAAUGUAAGCGUGUGUGACGCAAGUUUCUUUGACAUAUAUGUUGAACAUUUACUGCGCUGGGCUGAAGAUAUGGAACCUGUCUAUGGGUUGUUUGAGAACGGAGAUAUUUACCAGUGGAGGCACAAAGAUCAAGAAUUGAGCCAUAUGUACAGUUGCACAGAAUUACAGAAUCAUUUUUUAAAUAUUUUCCAGAUGAAAAUGCUUAGAAGAAAACUGGAACCAAAAUUAAUUAACUUUUCAAAACAGACUUUCUUUAAUAUAUAUAAAGAUUUAUUAAAAUUGUGUUGUUCAUGACAGAAUUAUUACUUCUCAUAUAAUUAUUU